ACUUCCUCCUGUCUUAGGCUAGAGAAGAUGGCGGCUAUCGUAGAGAGAGUUGAGGGAGGUGCAGGGUCUGUCGAUUCCGACUCGGUUUCGCCUAGAUUGCCUUCUCCACCACCUGAUCAACCUCAUCAAAAUAACCCUUUGCUCGGACUUCCCAUCGUGGCUAUCGAGACCAUUUUAAAUUUCCUUUCCUAUGAUGAAAUCAGUCUGCUGCGCCUGGUAUGUAAGCGCAUGGACAUGAUCUGUCAACGUAUGCUUAACCAAGGUUUCCUCAGAGUGGAGCGUUAUCACAGCCUCUGUCAAAAACAAGUCAAAGCCCAGCUUCCGAGGCGGGAAUCUGAGAGGAGGAACCACUCUCUGGCUCGCCAUGCAGACAUCUUAGCUGCAGUGGAAACACGUCUAUCGCUGCUAAAUAUGACCUUCAUGAAAUAUGUGGACUCCAAUCUCUGCUGCUUCAUACCUGGCAAGGUGAUUGAUGAAAUUUACAGAGUACUGCGCUAUGUAAACUCUACCCGCGCACCACAGAGGGCUCACGAGGUGCUCCAAGAGCUGCGGGACAUUUCAUCUAUGGCCAUGGAGUACUUUGAUGAGAAGAUUGUCCCCAUCCUUAAGAAGAAGCUCCCAGGUGCUGACCUGUCUGGCCGUCUUAUAGGAUCCGCACCAGUGGCCGGGCCGUCUAACUCUCUUAGCACCAUGACGCUGCUGGCCAAAAAUGCGCCGUCCCGAUCUGAGAUGACAAAGGUUCAGCAGCAGGUGAAGGUGAACGGCGCGUCCAUGACGGCACUGAGGCGGGAAAUGCAGGAGGUUCGCAUCAAGCAGCUCGAGCAGCAGAAGCAGCUGCAAGACCAGGAGCAGAAGCUGCUGGAACAGACGCAGGUGAUCGGUGAGCAGAACGCACGCCUUGCUGAGCUCGAGCACAAGCUGCGCGAACUCAUGGAGAGUGCUGUGGAUUCCAGUGCAACCCGGGCCAUGCCCACUACCUCCUCUUCCUCCUCAACAUCCUCAUCUGCUGUCGCUGUAGCUGUAGCGUCCACUUCUUCGGUCAGCCUGGGCACGACAUCAGUGAGCAUAGCGGAAGAAGGCAGCAUCCCUCUCAAACGGCGCCGCAAGAAUUCAGACCUACCGCGCCACUCCAAGCGUCUGCGGAGCAAGAAGUAGAGGGAUUUAUUUUAGUUUUAUGAGUUGCUCCUUUUUUUUGUUUGUUUUUGGAGAGUCGUUUCUUGCUUAAUCCAAUCUGCAAAGUUCUUUGCACCUGCCCACAUUUGGCGCAAAACAUGAACAGAGCGUGAUGGAUAUCUGCUUUUAUUUUUACGUGUUUUAAAGCAAAUGCUAUUGUGCCCCUUUGUAAUCAUACACUAAUAAGCCUAAAGGCUCUUGGUGUAAUGGCUUUAGGUGACGCUUGCCUUCUGUGUCUGCUACCAUUGUAUGCCAUCGAUCCCGAAAUUCACAAUGAAAGGUGGAAUGAAAAGCUGUAAUUAAGCUGUUGCUGAGACAAGUGCAAAAGCAUGUUCUUUAUUUUCCCUGCGGAAUAAACGAACUUUAAGAAAGAGGUGAAAAAGAGCACAUACAGUAUAUGUAACACAUACACUGGCUACAAAGUUAACGUUUUUUAACUAUUGCCCCAAGUUUAGCCAGAUUAAGUCUAAAUUACUUAAAGCAUGUGUUUGAUAUUUCAUUGAAAUGAUAAAUAUCCAGAAUGUCAGAAUUUGAAAGCUUAUCUGAAUGAUCCCUGCCUUUUGCAAGCGACACCUCCUUGCAAUGUCAUGAUGUAGCUACUAUUAUUUUUGUGAUUGUACAGUUGCUUACUAAAUAGAGCUGUCAGUGCAAUAAGACUUGUCCAGAAGCUUUGUCCUGAGUUAUUAGCAUUCACUUUAUUUUUGACGAGUACACAUCAGCCGUUCCAGUCUUGCUACAUUUUUUUCGUCUAUUCUCCAAUCGUCUUGUGGCUUUCGCUUUGCUACGUGCUGUUUUCACUCUGUAAUGGAAAUAAUGAAAACCAACUUUGUCAUCUAGUAUGGUGUAUUACUUGACAACGUUAGCUUUCAUUUGCCUGUUUGGCUAACCUUCUUUACUGAGUAGAAAUUAUUUUAGUCCUCGUAAAGUAAAGGAGACUUUAAAUGCAAGCAGAAGCAUAAGUCUCGCAUUUAUACUUUAUCACUAAGACAUUUAAGCAAGAUUUGCAUCAGGGGGCAUGUGGUAGCCUAGUGGUAUCGGAAGGUUGUGAGUCUGAUCCCAGGUCCACCAAGCUGCCACUAUUGGGCACCUGAGUAAGGCCCUUAACCCUCAAUUGCUCAGCUGUAUAAAAAAAAAAAAUGAGAUAUUGUAAAUUGCUCUGAUUAAGGGUGUCUGCCAAAAUGAUGUAGAUGUAAAAUGUAAAGAUUUAAUCGUAAGCAUAUCAUGCUAAAGCCCUGAAAGAAUUUGUUGCAUUGCUGCAAAAUAAUUAGCCCACAUAGAAUCCCAAAAUACACAUUCUACCCUUUUUUUUAGCAGGUUGAAGCUGACUCCCUUCCCUGAAACUAAGGUUUUGUCAUAUUUUACAGACUGAAAGCAUAACUGUAAAGCUAUUUAGUCAUCAACCUCCUCAUCAACAGCUCUUUGUUUAUCUCAGUCACUGAGAUAGUGUUAGCCGUGCGUAGCAUGUAAUUAAAUAUCGUGGUAGCCCUGAUAAAACUUCAUUAAAUUUACUGAAGUAUGACUGAAAUCUCCACCCUGUCCACAUAAACACUUUCACACAUUGAUUCCUGCAGAGUCUUUAGAAAUUAGCGCAUCUUGCUUAAAACUAACGUUAUUCGCUUCUUCUUCUUAAUGUUAAGGUCAGGAAGGAAGAAGGAAGGGAAAGAAACCUCAAAGAAAAAACUCCAUAAUGAAGAUUGCUGUUAGUGAAUAAAAGAGCUUGUUAUUUUGAUGUUAUACUAACAUUUAAAAUAUUUGUUAGUUUUAAGCAUUAGCAUUGUUUGGGUUAAAAAACACUUUAAUUUGGAAAAAUCUCUAUAUUUCUACAGACAAAUCAGAUUCCAUAGAUGGCAGUAUUCAAGACAGACCCUGACCAAGAAUUGGAUCCAAUUAAUAGUUCCUUCUGAACCCUUGCUUUAGAAUCGCAUGCAUGUUUUAAUAAAAUAAGCAGGACACACACUGAAAUACUUUAUAGCUUGUGGAUUCAUGCAAGACGUUCGUUUUAGAAAGUAAAAAAGUACCGUACUGUAACCAUGUACUCCAGAGAGAUGACUGGAUGAUGUAAUGUAUGUAAUAAGGACAGAAUAAUCCUGUACGUUGCCUGUUUGUGGCAAUGAGAGAAAAAAAGAUGUUCAAAUGAAUCAUAUUAAAUCACAUUAAGGCAGAGUCAUCAUGUGAGUGAGUCGUAUUUUGAGAAUCGGAUAUUAGCAAUCAUUUUUAUAUGUAGUCAAUUUCUUUAUAGUUUGAGAGAUGUAAAAAAAAAAAAAAAAGUGGUACAUAAUAUAAAUUCUGUUUGUAUAAGCACGGUGAAUAAUUUAUUCCGUCUACAAUCAUGGAAGCGCUUUUGUUUUUUCGAAACAUAUAACGUAAUUCUUUAAACCGUUUCAAUAUUGUGUAUUCCCAGGUGGUCCAGCGGUAUGAUCCCGUGCUCUUAUUGUCUGGACAGGGUUCGAUUCCCGCUAAACACACCACUUGGUGUUUAACUUUCGGAAUCGGGAGGGUUGUGCUAUUUUGUGUUUAAAAACGUGCCAAAUCAUUAAUGAUGAACCUUUAUGGCGAACCCUGAACAAGGCGCAGCUGAAAGACGACAACAACUAUUUAAUAUUUAACAUUUUCCAGUGUUCCUCCACCAAUUAGGGUGAUCAGUCUCAUCAGCUGAACUCAGAAAAGAGCUCUUUACCACCAAAUAAGAUGACCGGUCACCUCCAUGAUCCCUGCCUGUCAUGAUGUAGCUACUAUUAUUUUUUAAUGAAGUAUUUUUUUACUGAUUUACUGAAGUAUGACUGAAAUCUCCACCACCCUGUCCACAUAAACACUUUCACACAUUGGAUCCUGCGGGUUCUUUAGAAAUUAGCGCAUCUUGCUAAAAGCUAACGUUAUUCGCUUCUUCUUAAUGUUAAGGUCAGGAAGGAGGAAGGAAGGGAAAGAAUAACAUAUCACUGGCUUGUAGAUGUAUUCAUAAAAGCUUCACUCACACAAGGUAUUGUGGCAGGACUAAACUCGACAGCAGGUAGCGAAUGCUAGCGUGUCAUAAAAUUGACACACCUCAGAAAUGUAAAUUUAAUCAAAUGCGAUGGGUAGGAAAAAAAAUAUAUAUAUAUAUAUACACAGCUUAGGGACUUGCUUAAAUGAUAGGGUUAUAUCUUCUAAAAAAAUAAAAGCUUUUGACUGAAAAAUUUGUACAUUGUUAGUCUACUCUAGUGCUCUAGACCUUAACAUAAGGUCAUGUUUAAAAAAAUGAUAGAAAUACUUUACUGUACUUAGCCUCACGCUAGCUGGUACCUCUGAGCUGCUACAUUCGAAAUAAUAUAAUGCUACAUGAUUCUGUGGAAUUUAGACAUAUAGACAAUGUCUUGGAUGUUACCACAAAGAUUUGUCCCCAAACUUGCUAUUGAAUGCAUGUAGGAAAACGGGCUUCUUAGUAUUUGACUGAAAGGUAGACGGGGACUGGAGUGGAAUAUUUGCUUUGUAAAAUGCGGCUUCUUUUACGUCAAGCCUUUAAAGCUGGCUAGCAAAGUGAACAAAGGGUUUAUCCGUAUCCAACCUUUGUGCAUCUGUCGUGCACCCGAGGCAGCAGAUUUCACUCUGUUAAAGCGUGGUCAUAUUGUUCCUCGUUACAUGAAUAGAAGCCUUUAUCACAAAAUCAGUGUUCAUUCUCUCACCUCAUUUAGCAAGCAUUUAUCCCGACCAAGGUUGCAGUGGAUGCUGGAAACACUUGGCAUGAGGUGAGAAAAUAUUCUGUAUGGAGAUGCUAGUCCAUUGUAGGAUACAUUGUAUAUUAUGUUUGUCAUUAUCGGGGUAAAUUGUGGGUAACCCACACCUAUAUACAAUAUUUUUUAUGUAGGAUCUCCCCAUCUUUACCUUUAUGUUUAUGGCAGAAGCUGAGCAGUCGAGUGUUAAGGACCUUGCUUAGUGGGUUUAGUUCUGGGAUUCAAACUUACAAGCUACUACUUCCCUUUAACGCUGAUGUAAUCUUUAAAUUUAUGACAAAUAAAAAUCCUUGUAUAAUAACAA